AUGACUUCUGAUCGAGACGGUUUGCUUAAAAACGCAUCCAGUGGUACGAUAUCCAGUGCUGGACCAUCUGAGAUCAUUGUAUCAGAAUCAUUAGACGAUACGACUCCAAGUGAACUUAAUGAAUUUGGAGACUAUGGAACUUUGAAAAGACUAUUCAAAAAGAGUGCUGACAUUCGAAGUAAAUUUAAAGAAUCAGUUCCUGACGAUGGGUUGCAAAUUGCGAAUUAUGAUGAGAAUACAGUGGUGAAUCAAGGCACAUCAGAAUGGCCUUUGCCACAGCUCACUUUUCAUCAUGUACAUGGUUCCAAUAUACAAAUUUUACGAGGAGGUCGAGUCGCGAGACGAAGGGAAUCUUUCUGUAAAGGACUUGCCUUCAGCAGUCGGCCGAUACAGAUAGAUGAGAAUGUUUGCAUUCGAUUUGCUGAAGUGGUUUCAAAUUGGUCUGGUGUUUUACGCUUCGGUGUUACAAAUGUUGAUCCAGAAACUUUUCGUGGCAUCGAGCUACCAAAAUUUGCAUGUCCAGAUUUAACGAGUAAAGAAGGAUAUUGGGCAAAAGCGUUACCCGAGCGCUACUCUGUCGCUGGUUCAAUUUUGCAUUUUUAUGUAAAUGCUGAGGGCGAACUUUAUUACGGAAUAAAUGGUGUUUUGAAAGGACAGUUUCUGAAUGGAAUCAAUGUGUUUUCGCCCUUAUGGGUUAUUGUAGAUAUAUAUGGGAAUAGUUCCUCACUUGAAUUCAUUGACCCGAAUGAAGUCAGGUUUCGGUCAGCACGGUCAGUGGUGAGUAGGAAUCGUGCAAGCAGUCGUCCUCUUUCAGCAACAGUAGUCUCACAAGCACAAACUGCAACGACGAGCACUACGGCGCACCACCGACACCCUAGAAACAGUUUAAGUUCGCGGCCAGAUUUGCCUCUUUCAAAAUAUCAUACAGGUAUACAAUUUAGACCGUUGACUUUUCAUACUGUCCGUGGAAAGCAUGUUGCUUUGACUCACGCUUAUACUGUUGCCGAAAGACAUGCUGGUGAAUAUGCCUGUGGUUAUGUUUUCACAUCCAGACCUCUUGCAUUAAACGAAAAAAUCGUGAUUCAGAUACUGGAUAUAGAGUCAGCUUAUACUGGUAGUAUGGCGUUUGGAUUGACUUGCUGCGACCCGGUUAAUUUACAAGGUUCUACACUCCCCGUGGAUAGUGAUGAUCUUUUAGAAAGGCCGGAAUACUGGGUUGGCAUCAAAGAUGUUGCUGCACAACCUAAAAUUAGUGAUGAACUGUCAUUUUGGAUUACUGAAAAAGGCGAGGUUUAUUUUGCGAAGAACAACCUCACACCUCGCGUCAUCAUUCAUGUGGAUACAUCUGUGAGGCUGUGGGCAUAUUUCGAUGUUUACGGCACGACUCAGAAAAUACGUGUGCUAGGAAGUGUUAAAGUAACCGCAGCGUCUCAAAUGGCAACGCAGCGUUUGCCGCCAAUGCCAGCAGUCACAAGAACCUCACGCAGUUUGCUUGACUUAUCCCCUGAAAUACGAACAGAUGCGGGAGGAUCAAGCAGUGAAUUAUCUGGUUUUCCAACGACGAGCACGCUUCUCGCACAUACUAAUCGUGAGGACUGUUCUCCUCUUUUAUCCAGACGAACGCAAUCAGAAACUGGUGACAGUUUGAGCGGAAUGUUUUUACGUCUGCCAUGUACUUCACAAACAGAAAGGAGAGUACCUGCUUCAACGUCCACUGUAGCUAGGCCCUCGAGACCGGUAUUUAUGAGUGGGGAACAUUUCAUUGACUUGUUGGAAAAUUCAAAUAACAUCCAUGAACUGCAUGGUAACGAAUCUAAUAUGUCUCAUCGAUCACAAUUUCCACCACCUCCAGUUCCAGCCAGGACAUCUCCUGUACGGUUUCUGCCUGGAAAACCACCUUUACAUCCUUCACCGCGUCCGCUUUUACCUGCACAAACGGCAAGUCAUCAACAGCGGUCCGGUGAUGAUGAAGGGGAAAUUGGCGAUGAAUGUAGAAUCUGUAUGAACUCUAAAGUAAAUUGUGUAAUUUACACAUGUGGGCAUAUGUCGAUGUGUUUUGAAUGUGCAACAGAAACAUGGCACUUAAAUGGGGAGUGCCCAAUAUGUCGCAAGAAGAUCGAGGAUGUCAUCAAAAUUUACAAGUCAUAACGCCGUCUCUAUCAUUUCAUCGUACAAGUCUUCGUGGAUUGUUGCAGAUUAUGGAAGAGUACAGAGAGUUACCUUUAUUAUUCAACCAUAUUUUGGGUGGCUCUUGAUCAGAUGUUUAAGUUAUGGGAUAUAUUGUUCAUUUUUUCUUUUAUGGAAUUUCUCGAACUGCAUAACAUAAUAUUGCAAUCAAAUUCCGGUAUGUUUUAAUACUUUACUAUUGUGUAUUCAUUUUUUUCGCUUCGCAUUCUUUCAGUUUUUUUUACUAUGUAGGUUGUUAAUGCGAUUAAAUUUUCUCCUUUAUUUAUCCAUAGAAUAUAUACGCGUUGCUUGUUGUAAAGACAUAGUUCUCCUUCACUCGCACUAUGAUUAAUUCGCGCAGUUCUUAGCUGUUUUUUGUCAUUAACUGGGAUUUAUGGUUUUUUAAUGUUAUUGGGAUGCUCUGAGGCUUAAUAAUGCUUCAUUGAUAUGUUGAGACAUAGUAGUAUGUUGUUCAGUUUUGAAGUUCACAAGUAGGAAUAAUUUGUGGAUAUAAUGGAUGCACCUGUGCCUUCUUCAUUCACCUGAUUUCGGUUUCUGUGUUAUCAUUUACUGCGCUGAUGAAUGUUUGUGAAAGCUCGACUUGAGGUCUAACUUUUGCGUAUUUCUUGAGUUUUUUAAAUUGUUCUGGACGAUGCUCUCUUGCUUUUUUUGGAUCUUCAAUUGAGAGUCUCUAUUUAUAUUGGACGGCUUUCUACUGGGUUGACAGUUCGCUUUCAUUUGAGUGUCUAUUCUAUGGUGCUAAAUUUUUUAAUUUGAUUUUGACUCUGUAAGUUUUCACAUAUGUGUGCUGCUGCAUGUACUUUUGUGGUCCGUUUUAUGCAGUGGAUUUUGCAGCAGCACAGCAUUGUUGGUUCUGCUGUGUCGUAAAUAUUACCAUCAUUUUCCCAUAUUUAUUGUUACUAUUACAAAAAGAUCACAUUUGGAUGAUUUAUGUUUUGUAUAAACGUGGGGUGUCUUCACUUCAUGCUUAUCUAUUUUGAGGUAUCGUUGAUAAAACACAUUAUUACUGUCAUUAUUACCGUCCUUUGUCGUAUAGAACGC